AUGCACGGCUUCGCACGCCUUGGCCAGGUAGAGGAGGCAGAGGCCUGGAUGCUUCGUGCAGAGUCCCUGGGCUUGGAGCCGACUGUGGUGAGCUACACGAGCUUGGUGGACGCUUGCGCCAAAUCCGGGCAGCCAGGCUCUGCGCUACGCUUCUUGAGACAGGCUGACCAAAAAGCUCUUGCGACGUCAGCAACCUACCAAGCGGCCAUCGACGCCUGCGCGAAGCAGGGGUUCGUUUCAGACGCCGAGGGGCUCUUCCAGGAGAUGCAGGAUGCAGCUUUCAGCGGGGAGAGUUUCCGUUUUGCGAGGUGGAGUGACCAAUUGUUGGCAUGGGAUGCAGCAGCAACCACGCAGUCCAUAAUCUCCAGUCCCAUCAAGACCCUGAUCACUUGA